ACCAAAGCUCAAAAGAAGGACCAAAAGGUUGUGGCCGUCCAGGUCACACCAUACGUCGGUCGAUAUAUCAAGGACUACAUAGGCGCCGACCAGCUCAUCUACAGGGAUCCGGCGGGGCACAAGCCUUUACCUGAGAAAUGGGUCGGCGUCGAGUGUGUCGACAGGGAGCAUCGCAGGCUGAGGCAGGAGGCUACUCCCAAGUGCAGGAUCCUGAACAAGGACGGACAGGUCACGCUCAAGUAUACCAAGGAGGAUGGGGAUGUCUUCAAUAUUCGAAACGGCGACGUCGUCCGCUGCAAGGGACGGGUCUUUGGACAAGUCAAGAGGAUUGACGCGAGGGUCGGCGCCGGAGUCAGACCCAACCCGUCUCUGCAUCUACACUUCUGGAGACACGAGCGGGAUGGUAUGCUUCAGAACCACGCCCAUCCCAAGCGUCUUUUCCAGCUCGAGUCAUGCGGCGAUAUCAACUUCAACCAGGUGGUUGAGAAGCUUGACAUUGUCGAUGGUCACGUUCGACCUGGAUUUCAUCCCCAGCUCCGCGCGGAGAACUCCUACAUCUGUUCUCACCGCCUCAUCGUUGCUACCAACAGCCUAGUUGGCAUCCCGUCCGACUCUCUCGGUUGCCCCGGCUGCGUCAUCAAGGACAAGAAGCCCAAACGGUUCGCCGUCAACGAUUUCGUCGUCUUUCGCCGCGCCGGUGCAGACUCCAAAGACCCCUGCGAGAUAGGCAUCGUCAAGAGGGCUUCCUCUCCCCUCCUCGUACUUCCGCUCUCACGCUGGGACGAUUUCAUCAAGCAGGAGGGAGUCAAAGAGUCCGCCAUCUUCCGCGGGGAUGAGAAGCUCUUUUAUGUAAAGAACACCUCGGCUGUCCACGUCGAUGAAAUCGAAGAGGCAAUCGACAAGAAGAUCAACUUCAUUGGUCUGAGCAAGGUACAAGGACUUGGGGCCGCGCUGCGACCACUCCAACCGACGUCAUCUUUGAGUGACUUCUGGAUCGGAAAGCGAUUCGUUGAUGAGUCUGAAGACAUCUUUUGUCUGAUGGAUGGGGAUGCCGCCGACCUCAAUUACCUGUAUCAGAACGAGGAGAAGAGGAGGCAGUUUUCGGGGCGUUCGGAUCUGUUAAACAAUAUGAGACAAGACGCACCUCUCGUCGAUCAGUCUGCCUUGAUUCAGACUUGCGUGGAACGAGAAGAACGCGCCCGCUAUAUCGGCUCUCAGACGGGCAUCAUCGACUGCUGUGCCGGUAUCGGUGGAUUCAGCAUGGGGGUCGCCGAUACCACUAGGGCCUCGAUCCCACUCGCCGUGGAGAACGACACCGAUAUCGCGGAGCAAUACGGGCGGCUCCACCCAGCUACCGUCGUGGUCGACAAGGGAGUCGCCUUUGCGGCCAAGAACUGGGGGGCGUUGAAGAUCCGAGCGCAGUUGGAGAGGUUCAAAUACAUCGUCGUACAAGCGGGGGUUCCAUGCCAACCUUUCUCAAGGGCCAACCUGCAUCCACAUGCGGAUGACCCUCGGAUCGGCAUCAUUUUCGAGGUUCUGAGCCUUCUCCAGAUCUCAGGUGCUUCGCAUCUCUUGAUUGAAUGCGUGGACGGGAUGCUCUAUCAUCGUAAUGGCACCGAAAACGGCGAACAAGCGGAGAUAAUUUGCAUUGCUUUGCGGAUUUUGGUCGAUCUAGGAUAUCAAUAUACGAUCAACGUGCAUCAGGCAGCCGCGUACGGAACCCCCCAAUCAAGGCGACGUCUCUUCAUCUGGGCGGCGAAAAUGGGUCUUCCAUUGCCGGCCCCCCCUAUACCGACGCAUUACUCUGGAUCGUCUGGUAUCAUCAAGCUCCGCCGAUACGAGCUCCAGCCGGUUCCAGCUCAUGGGCCCUUAUACUACGUUACGCAGUACGACGCUAUAUCCGAUCUUCCUGAUAUUCUCGGCGCAAGCACCUCUGCGUUCUCCGGGGACUUUAGAUCACAAUUCUAUGGAUAUCAUCAUGGGGUCAAGAGCUACAAGACCAGGCCCUUGAAUAACUAUCAAGCAAUGAUGAGGGAAUAUAGAGAUGAGCCUCGGGUCGCAUUGCAGUAUUGUCACAUACCCACCCAAUCGACUUACACCAAGAUUCUGGCUGAGAAUGAUAAGGACAAGAGACAUCGGCUACCGGGCACCUUCCCUUGCGUGACGACUGGGUCGAUUGUAGCGCAUCCUACGCAACAACGGCUCUUCACUCCUCGAGAGAGGCUUAGAGCGCAAGGAGUGUCUGAUCUUGUGCAAUUACGAUGGAAGCCGUUGAGCAAUGAGGAGCUGAUCAAGGAGUAUGAAUUCCUCUGCCUUCUCGCCGGGAACGCCGUUCCUACCCCACUCGCGAGAGCCCAAGGUCGUGCUUUCAUCAGGAGCCUGGCUUGAAAGGGACGCUCUGAUGUGAUGGUCGAAGCACAUACGGAACAAAUUUUGAUUGAUACAUAAGAAGCCUGGUAUCGACGGGACAUUAUACGGAUUUACAACAUGAGGCAUAUGCGAUCAAUGACGAUGA